AUGGGAAUUGGGCAGAUUGAGGGCAGAGGGAUGGACGAGGUCUACAGCGCCAGGAACAGCAUUCACCGCGGCGAGGUUCCAAAGUCCCCAGUCGCAACUGCCAGCCCUGCGCGGGAUCGGCUCCAGCGGCUUAGUCAUGCCGCUGGACCUCCCUCGAGCUUCCAUCCCAACUUCCUCACCCCCCGUCACCGCUGGGGUCCUCCAACGCUUGAUCUGUUUGUGCAGCCCCUCACCAUGGCAAUGCACCAUCCAUCUACCGCAUUAACCCCGUCUUCUCUCAUCAGUCUCCGUCUAGUCAAGUUUUCUAAUGCAGUUGAUCCCAGCAGCGAGGCGGAAAAGUUCUCCUGGAAGCAUACCACCCAGGAUCUUGUCGUCGUCUUUGACUCGUUUCGAAAUGACCCGCUCAACCACGCUGGACACCCUACGAAGAUGAUGAAGGUGAUUCAAGGGACUAAAGUCUUGGAAUCGGUAGACAUUGAAGGGAAGAUCCGAGAAGCAAAUAAUGUCAUUGACACGUUUAGACAGCUCAACGUUGAAAUUCGCCAUGACCAGCUGCCUAUCUCUGGUCUUGUCCGCUGUCCAUUACUCGCGCUUAGAUAUACUCUGGCCGACAGCAAGAUACGAAGACUUCAAUUGAAGUUUGCUUCAGAAAGCGAUUUCAAGAUAGUGUACGACUUUCUUACCGGCAUGGGAUGCCAGAUUACCCAGAGUCUUCCUGGUAGCUCUACUGCACCUCCUACAGCGAUUACAUCCGCCGAAAGCAUAGGACCAUCUGGCCGGCCAUCGUCAUUGGCCCACCUCACUUCAGCGCCAGAAGCGACUUCUUCUAGAGGCAUCGGAAGCUCUGGGAUGCCUUUCUCUUCUCUUCAGCCUUCGAAUUCCCAGGUUCAACAAGACGCCGCUGCAGGCUGCCAGCGACCACCGACAGCACGACUAGAUUCUAUAUCUGAGAGUGCUUACUUGGCAUCCCCUUCUCAAUUGCUUCAGCGAAAUUGGACUCCGUCGUUUGCGAGCGUCCCACCUUCUGACAAUCUGGACGUACUGAAGGAUCUCAGACAGCGGUACGUCAGUAUACAGGCGUCGCCGGCUUAUUCGUCACCGGGCCCACGUGAUACCAAUCAGAUUGCAUCAGCUGUACGAACUCAUUUCCCUCAUCUGAAUACGAUUGCUGAGCAUGAAGCGCCAACCUCGACCUCAAGACCAUUCACAGCUCCCGAAUCGCAGAUGGAUUCGCUCUUGCAAAUGAUUCCUCCCCGACGUGAACUACCGUUUCGGAGAGACGGAAGUCAGGCAGGUUCGAGUCGGCCAUCAUCUUCGAUUGAUCUGCCUCCUCUACCCCGACCAAGCUUCUCGGAGCGCAAUAGAAAUGCAACAGAGCCGUCUCAAGUACCUAAACAAGCAUCUGAUCGACCGUCUGCCUCUGCUUCCGCAAGCGGCAAUACCCGUCAAGCGCCUCCCUCUGCGGCUUCCUCCAUUGACCGAGUUGUUGCACAGAUUUCGGCUGAAGUGACCUCGAGUUCAGGUAGCACUCAUAACCUAGCGUCUUAUGCAACACAAGCUGUCGACGACCGAGAAACGGUGAUCAGCGACUGGAUGAUGCAACAUAUCGAGGAUGACGGCUUCAUGACCUUGUGUGAGGAUGUGUUGGGAUGCUGGCGGCGAAUUGGGCUCGGACUCUAG